AGACACUUAUGUUUACGUACAAUAGUUAAAACAAAACCUUGAAGAUUGUAAUUCAUCCAUUAUCUCUCAACUCAUGGCAUCCAAGCUGGAGAAAAUUGUCAGCAUUUUGACGCCCAUUGCCAUCCACGCACAGGGUAUCAGUAUGGUCGAACUAUUCGCAGACCGGCGCCGCAUGCCCGAAUCGAUGCAACCGGAUAUCGCUUCCUUGAUGUUCGUCACGGCAACCAGUAUGAUUGCGACCAAAUGGUUGGAGAAAAAUCCCGUGCGUCUUAUGGGACACGUGGGCCGUGAUGGUGGUGGGGUUGGAGUGGAAUCGUUAGUCGUCCUGUUGAUUGGGGUUCUUGCCAACAUAGCCGCUUGUGAUUUGUCGUUACGGGUUGUAUGGAUACCGAUGCAGUAUUUUAUACGCUAUCUGAAAGAUCAGCAAAUAUUGGUUUUCGCGAUCCGUUGGAUGUUCUUCUACUUUCGAUACUUUCGGUUCACACGACGCACCCUCGUCAGCUGGAUCGAGGCCGCCAAAACCGACGCCGGCUUUCUGUUCGUGCGAAAUCUGGUGGCCGCCGUAUAUCUGCUGAAAACAUUGCAUGCCCUCGGUUAUUUUUCAGUGGUCAGCAGCAAAUUGAGUAAUCUACGACGGAAAGGAAAACCCUCAUCCAUGCGCUGUGAUCCGUGCGAGCAAUGAGCAGCAAAGUUGCCCUCUUCCUAGCAGUUCUUCUUCACGCCGGCCUUAAAAUUUUAGUAUUCAUGGAUCCUCCAAUCAACGCCGCCGGAUGUUGCGCCCUUCGACUUAACGCCCGGAGUGUCCUGUUUCUAAGCUCGAUCGUAAUGUACCUGUCGCGGACCAAAGUGUUUCCCCAGCGAUAUCGCAAGGUACCCCUGUCGGCCCAGGCAGUGGUUGAAUUUUUCUUCUUUCUACUAGCGAUCGAAAUUGCCAUGAUCGCUGGUUGGUGCCGGAUCGAAGCAUUGUUGUUCAAAAUUUUCGAAUGUAUGUCCUCGGGUCAGCAGUCCAUGCUGUACGCCGACAUGGGCGGUGAAAGUCUAGUGGAGUUUGUGGUUACAUUGCUGAGCUUUAUUGCGUUUGUCAUAACGGCAACGGCAACAGGGUACGUGGACUCUUUCUCCGGAGUUUAUCAGAAAGCAGUGGAUAAAUUGGGCGAAGUGGUAGAAAAGGUAAGAGGACGGCGACGAGGCGAGGAUCCUGACCGCAUAUGUUGUCCCCCCUGUCCGGCUGAAGCAGAAAAUAAUGAAGUAACUGCAGAAGUUUGUGAUAUUAGAACACCACGGCGAUCCACCAGAAGGCCACGGAGCAGAGAAAGUACCGGUUAUGCGAGCUAUCUUGAAAUCCAUAGGAGAUCUCCCUCCGCGAGGCGGCAGUCUUGUCGGAGGAGAUGAGUUGGACUAAAUCUAAUAAUAAAAGAUGACUGAAAAUCAAAAUUUAAAAUUGCUUCGAUAGGUAAGACAUCAACCUGUGAGAAAUUUAUCAUAAAAUCUCUAGUUUUUAGAUUAAAACUGAAUAAAACAAAUAUUUAAAUCGUU